AUGUGUAUAGCAAAUGGUGGAUAUGCAAAAUGCAUUUUAGAGAACAAGGACGAGGAGAUUCCUGGCAUAAAUGGGGUUCUAUACUAUAGUCCUCAGAUUCUAGAGAAAGCAGGUGUUUCAGUUCUUUUGUCAAAUAUGGGCAUUAGUUCAACCUCUUCAUCUCUCCUCAUAAGUGCUCUUACAACGGUUUUUAUGCUUCCUUGCAUAGCUCUUGCAAUGAACCUAAUGGAUAUCACUGGUAGAAGGUCGCUGCUACUUUACACAAUACCUAUCCUAAUAUUGUCGCUCAUUGCACUAGUGUUUAGCAGCAUUGUCAAUAAGGGGUCUGUUUUUAACGCAACAGUGUCUGCCACUGGCAUAGUGGUCUACACCUCCAUCUUUGUCAUGGCUUUUGGGGUAAUUCCUAACAUCCUUUGCUCAGAGAUCUUCUCGACUCGUGUUCAUGGCCUCUGCAUAACUAUCUGUUCUCUCGCAUAUUGGAUUGGAAAUAUCGUUGUCACGUACUCAACUCCAUUGUUGCUCACCUCCAUAGGCCUUGCUGGUCUCUUUGGUAUCUACGUUAUUGGAUGCAUCAUUUCAUGGAUAUUUAUUUUCUUGAAGGUUCCUAAAACGAAAGGCAUGCCUCUAGAAGUCAUAUGA